AUGGGCAAUCCCAAUCAGCCAUAUUCCCAUCUGGAAGAUAUCCUGAAAAGGCUGGACCACACUGAGUUGAAACUUCAAGCAUGCCCUAAAGACUAUUCUCUGCCUGAAACCCAGAAACAGAUCCCCCAGAUCACACUGAACAUGGCCGGUGGAGCUCAGCUAGCAGAAUUCUCAAAAGAGUACUGCCCCAGAGGCUGGGUGGAGAAAAUCACGACGCAGCUCUUAAAGGAGAUAAACCGUGCAGAUCUAGCAGAGUUGGUAGUGAAACUACACAAAGAAAUCAAAUCUGAUUUGCCAGUUUUUGAGCCGAAUAUGAACCAAGAAACUGAAAAAGAAGAGCACAGGAUGAAAAAGGAAUGGAAGAAUGUGCUCAGAAAAGAAUGGAAGUAUAACUUCUGGCCUAAGUGCAAGGAAAGCAUGUAUGUAGAGACCGAGAGCUACAGAACACUCAUGACAUUGUGCAAUCCGAAGGCAGAAAUGCCCUUUGCUCAUGCGAUAGUGUUGCAUGGCCCUCCAGGCUCUGGCAAAACCACCAUGGCAAAGAGGCUAAUGUUGCAAUGGUCAGAAAGCAAGCAGGCCCAGAUGUUCCCAUGUGCCUUCUACAUCAGCUGCAGGAACAUUAAUGAUAUUAAUUCUUGCACUUUUAUACACCUCCUCUCCAUGGAAAAUACCCCAUGGAGGCAUUUUGUGAUGAAGUCCCUAGCCCUGGCGGAACAAUUCUUGUUUGUGGUGGAUGGUUUUGAUGAGCUAAAAGUACCAACAGGAGCUCUGAUCAGUGACAUCUGUGGUGACUGGAACAUACAGAAGCCUGCAGCUGUCCUGCUGGGCAGUUUGCUGAAGAGAAAGUUGGCACCCCAUGCCACACUGCUGGUGACCACACGAACACAGGCUUUGCGGCAAAUCCACCUCUUUAUAGAUGAGCCUGUCCUUAUAGAAAUUCAGGGCUUCUCGGAUCAGAAUAAACAAGAAUAUUUUAGAAGGUUCUUUAAAGAUGAGGAGGAUCAUGCGGAGGAAGACGGUGAGGAAAAGGCUCUGAGAGCUUUCAAUGCAGUGAGGUACAAUCCUGAUCUCUUCCACAUGGCCUCACUUCCUGCUGCUUGUGUGGUAUUCUGCAUCUGUCUGCAUCAAGGGAUGAAGAAGAGGGAAGACCUUACUCUGAUAUGCCAGACCCGUACCUCUAUGUUCCUGAAAUUCCUCUGUGGGAUCUUCUCCCCAGAAACCUAUGAAAGCCGUUUCAAAAAGGGUAUCGAAACCAUCUUCAAGAAAUUAUGUACCCUGGCUGCUGAUAGUCUGUUGGAACAACUGCCCAUACUCUGUGAAGAAGACAUCUUGAAAUUACAACUGAACCUGAACGAAUUGCACCCUUUUGUGUGCAGGAAUGUCCUGGAUAUGGACCGCUUCAAUGACUGCUUCUCCUUCUUCCACCUCAGUAUCCAGCAGCUCAUGGCUGCCAUAAAAUUUAUUCAGGAACUUGAGCAGGAAGGCAAGGGUGUCUCUAAAUAUAGUAUGCAGAAUAUGCUUUCUAGGGAAGCAAGGUUAAAGAAUCCCAACCUGUCGGGAGUGCUACUAUUUGCAUUUGGCCUCUUGAAUGAGACUCGAAUUAAAGAGUUGGUGGCAGUUUUUGACUGCCAAAUAUCAAUUGCAGCCAAGAAGAAAUUCCUGGAGUGUGAGUCAGGGGAAAAUAAACCCUUCCUAUUACUGAUGGAUCUACAAGAAAUUGUGUCCUGUCUCUAUGAAUCUCAGGAGAAGGGGCUUGUGAAGGAAGCCAUGGCCCUUUUUGAGGAAAUCUCCUUGCCUUUGAAAACCAACACAGACCUUAUACAUGCUUCUUUUUGCCUCAAGAAUUCUCAAAAUUUGCAAACAGUAUCCCUACAAGUAGCAAAGGGGAUCUUCCCAGAGAAUGAUGCUGCAUUGAGAUCCAUAGCUCAUGAUCAAAGGUCUCAGGACAACCAACACCUGUUAACUUUCUGGACAGACCUUUGUGACAUGUUUCAUUCAAAUGAGAAACUGGUCUUUCUGGACAUCAGCAAUAGCUACUUCAGCAGUUCCUCACUGAAGAUCCUUUAUAACAAACUGUCCUCUGCUCCCCGUCAUCUCCAGAAAGUGGUCCUCAAAAAUAUUUCCCCAGCUGAUGUAUACAAGCAAUUGUGCUUCAUUUUUACUGGCUAUAUAACGCUCUCACAUCUGACCCUGAAAGGUGAUGACAUGAGCACCGUGCUUCCCCCGCUGGGUGUAGUUGUGAAAAAUUCAUUGUGCAACCUGAAGUAUCUCAGUGUGAGUUCUUGUCCUGAUGCUCUUCAGAAAUGGAAUGACUUUUUCCAGGCCCUGAAAGUCAAUGGGUCCCUGACAUGUCUGGACCUCACAAACAACGAACUCUGGGACAAGGGUGCCAAGCUGCUGUGUAAGACUUGGAAGCAACCAAAAAGAAAACUGCAGAGGGUGUCGUUGGAGAACUGUCACCUCACUGGAAACUGCUGCAGGGACAUCGCUUCCAUUUUGAUGGUCAGCCAGACUCUGACACACCUCAGCCUGGCCAAGAACAAUCUUGGAAAUGGUGGAGUGAAGACCCUGUGUGAAAGCUUAAGCCACCCUGAGUGUAAACUACAAACUCUAGUCCUGUGGUCCUGUGGCAUCACCAGCGAAGGCUGCCACCAUCUAUCAAAGAUGCUCAGAGAAGCACUGCAUCUGGAGCACCUGGAUCUAGGACUAAAUCAUAUUGGAAGUGAGGGUGCAAGGCUUCUAUGCAGUGCCUUAAAGGAACCCCAAAGUAAUUUGAAAAGUCUGUGGCUGUGUGGAUGCUCCAUCAUUCCAGGCAACUGCAAAGACUUCUCUGAGACUCUCAGAAACAACAAAAGCCUGAACACUCUAGACCUGGCUCAGAAUUUCUUGGGAACUGAUGCAAUAAAGACAUUCUGUGAAGACUUGAAACUUCGCAUUUGCCCCCUUCAAACACUAAGGUUGAAAUUUGAUAACACUAACCCAAGAAUCCAAAAUCUGAUUCAAGAAAUGAAGGCAAGCCAUCCACAAUUGACCAUUAACAGUGACCAACCAGAUCCUAAGAAAAAGGAACCUUCUUUCCCUCAUUUCAUUUUUUGA